UCUUAAUUUGAAUAACAUGUCCGUUUGUUACAUUGCGCGGCGCUGUUUUUUACGCGUUCCGUCUGACGGACAACAUAUCCCGUUAAGAGACAACAGAGCCCGCUGGUAAGGGCGUAAAAAUGUAUUAUCGGGAAAAUGUAGGCCUAUGUAAUAGCUUUUUGUAGCUGAACAAACCCCUCAUGCAGUGACAUUUGAAAGCGGUCUGGAUCCAGACGGAUAAAAGACAGUUUGGGCAUAUAGAGGCAGGGGUUGCUGGCUAUAUGCUGACCAAUCACCGCGCAGUGGCCACAGCGGUCUCUCCGGACGUAUCAGUCGCGCGUUUCCCUCAACAUUCGCACUUCUCCCACCUGCUUUGCGUCUCCGUCCGCUGAGCUGGUGCAGAGCCUCGGUAAGAGAAGCGGACUGGUGAAAAGGCUGCAGCCAUAUGGCUCACCGCCGGACUCUCAGAGGAGAUUAUGAUAAAACGAGCAGCGUGGUGUGCGUAGUCGGCUCAGAACUCAACAUAAACCUCGACAGGAGUGCCCCACCUGGCUCCAAGUUCUUCUCUGUGAAGUGCACUGCCAAUGUUAAAUGCAGUGUAAGCCCUCCACGUGGGGAGACAUCCCAUCUGUCUUAUGUACCUCUCAGUGAAAACUCCGUACUACUCAUCAGCAUGAGCCACGCCAGUCGAGAAGAAAAUGAAGAAAAGCUGUCUGUCCGCUACUACGACAAAAAGAAAAAGGUCUUGGGGAACGCCAUUCUGCACCUGACAGCUGUUGAGAUCUCUCUCGACGUGGAUGCUGACAGAGAUGGCGUUGUGGAGAAAAACAACCCAAAUAAGGGAUCCUGGAAAUGGGGUCCUAACGGACAUGGAGCUAUACUUUUGGUCAACUGUGACCGUGACUCAGAAAAGGACAACAUCAAGACAACAGACAGUGAGGAGGUCCACAUCUCCAAAGCGUCAGAUCUUAAGGACAUGUCGCUCAUGGUGCUGCGGACCAGAGGCCCCGCCCGACUCCCAAAAGGCUACAAACUCACCAUGUACAUCUCCCAGGGAAACCCAAAGUGUGUUCAAGUCUUCAGAGCUGGAUCCCCUGAAGUGGUUAAGAACAGCCAGCAGAACAAUUCUAGUGACUUUGUAAAGGACUAUCCACUGGUGCUAAGCAGUGAGGUGCGGUCCCAGGAAGUGCCUUACCCUGGAGGCUCAGCAGAAAUGAACUUUUAUGUGGAGGGCUUAAGGUUUCCUGAUGAGGACUUUGAUGGGCUCAUAAGCAUCAACCUCAACUUAAUGGAGCAAAUCAGAGAGCAGCAACCUGGCAGCACGCAGCGGGAGAGAGGAGGAGGAUGGACACGGUGGGCUUCUUGCUUUGUCGUGAAACAGAAUCCUGAUCGUGGGCCUGAUAUCAAGAAUGACAUACCUGAGACGCCCAUUUUCACAGACAAAGUGGUGUUCAGAGUGGCGCCGUGGAUCAUGACACCCAACACCCUCCAGCCUCUGGAGGUGUUUGUCUGCAGCACAUCUGAUAACCGCCAGUUCCUCAAAGAAAUGAAGCACCUUGUUACAAAAAACGGGUACAAGCUCAGGACCAUCAAUGAGGAUAUGAACAGAGGAGACCGCUGGAUACAAGAUGAGCUGGAGUUUGGUUACAUCGAUUCACCCCAUCACAGUUUUCCUGUGGUUCUGGAUUCCCCCAGAGACAGAGACCUUAAAGACUUUCCCUACAAAGAGCUGCUGGGCCCAGACUUUGGCCAUGUGACCAGGGUGGCUCGCAGUAGAGAUGUGAGCACUCUGGACUCGUUCGGUAAUCUGGAGGUCAGCCCUCCUGUCACGGUGAAUGGGAAAAACUACCCUUUGGGCAGAAUCCUCGUUGGGGUUGCAUUCCCGCUGGAAACUUAUAAGAGACAAAACAUGACCAAAGUGGUUCGAGACUUCUUGUGGGCUCAGAAGGUUCAGAAGCCUGUUGCCUUGUUUUCUGAUUGGCUCUAUGUUGGUCACAUUGAUGAAUUCAUGACUUUCGUCCCUGCUCCCGACAGAAAGGGCUUUCGACUUCUGCUGGCCAGCCCGGACGCGGGCUACAAAAUAUUCAGACGGCUGCAGGAAGAUGGACACGGCCGAGCCAAAAUGUUUGAUGGUGUGAAAGAUAAAGAGCCAGUGACAGUGGAUCAGAUCCUGAGAGAUAAGAAUCUCCGAGCUCAAAACACAGAUGUACAGAGCUGGAUUGACUGGAACAGGGAUGUACUGAAGAAAGAGCUGGGCCUGGAUGAUGAUGACAUUAUUGACCUGCCCAUUCUUUUCAAGCGGUUGGAAGAGAAUAAUAAGUACAGUGCCGUGGCCUACUACCCUGACAUGGUCAACAUGAUUGUCUUGGGGAACAAUCUUGGCAUUCCAAAGCCGUUUGGUCCCAAGGUGAAUGGACGCUGUGCCCUCGAGGCCGAGAUGUGCUCUCUUUUGGAGGGCCUGGGCCUCAACUGCACCUUCAUUGACGACUUUGCCUCCUACCAUGAAAAGCUGGGAGAGGUGCACUGUGGCUCCAACGUCCGUAGAAAGCCAUUUGACUUCAAAUGGUGGAACAUUGAGCUGUGAAUUAUAAGCUGAAACUCAGAAAGGUCAAAAGUACAAUCCUUAUAGAUUCAGUGCUGGUUAUUUUUUUAGUGAUUGCAUUAGUAAACAUUGUUUAAUGCCACAGCAAAGACCAGUCUCCUUCUUCCUAGCACAAUCUGAGUCAAUCAACAAUCAAAGGUGCAUGAAAAGCUUUUUCUAGUCUUAUCUUUUAAAUCAAUGUUGGGUAAAUCUUCAGUUAAGAGUGGAUCUAACUCUGCGUGGUUUAAAAAGAUUGCACAAUAAUCAGGAAAGCUACACAGCAUGUAUUCCUGUAAAUCCCUCAUAGCGGUGAAGCAUAUCAAUUUACAAUCAGAGACCUUUCAGCUGAUGCCAGCUUUAAGGCUAAAAAGGAAUGUGUACCAAGGCAAUUAUCUAAUACGCUCAGAUCAGUACUCAACUUUCUGAGUAAUAAUAAUUUAGAUUAUUACCUGAAAUUAGCUUGUGGACGUCAAAAGGGCCACAAUACAGUAAAUUGCUCGUUAAACAUCAAUAUAACUGAAAGAUUUAACAGAAUUUGAAAUACAUGCAUAUAAAAUUGUUUAAAUACUUUAAAAUAAUUAAAAUACUUGCCAUGAUAAAAAACAUGUAUAAUUUCUGUAUUUAUUUGGAUUUCAUUAUCCAACAUUGUAGCACAUUUUGAAUUUGAUUUAUCUGUAAAACGUACCUAUCUAGAGCUGCUGGCAAGGCCAAUAUUGUUAUAGAGAAGCUCUGUAGGUUAACUAAUCAAAUGUUAGGGUCUGUUUAAUGAGAAGAGGUGUCUGUUUAAAUUAAAUUGAUUUUAAACAAUGACUGUUACAGAUGAAACAUGAUACUGAAAUUAAUAUUUAUGAUUUUAACAUAGUUAUACAAUAACUUUUAUUAUGUGUAAUAUUGGUAUUACAUGUACAGUAGCAUUUUUGACAAAUUAAUUUGGAUUGCAGCACUUUUGGCCUUCUACAGGUUUAAUCAGCCUUUGGAGGCAUCCUUAUGGUUAAAGCAGCCAAACAUCUGUUUCUGUGUUUUUUUUUCUUCUCUUAUCAUUUUAAUAGUACCUUACUGACAUUGUUUGAAUUGCAGCAAUCAGCAUUUAUUGAGAAUAAAUUACUCAAAGGCGAGUGGUAUUCAUAUUCAUAUUUACUAAACCUUUUUCUUGACGUCAUUUACAAAAAAGAUGAAAAGCAAUAUUUACAAACAAGUUUUUUUUGUUGUUUUUUUCUUUUUACACGUGGGUUUAAGCAAACGGUUGACAAAAACAGAAAUACAAUCAUUUGAAUUAAGCACAGCAAAUAUUUUUUCCCCCAGUGUUUAAGUGGCUGAUGGACACUGGUAUGCAGUGCAAACACGUACAGUAGAUCGAUGGUACCCAGUUGAAAUGUGCAAUAGUAACAACCAGCCACAAGAGGACAGACUUAAUCCACUCAAGUCUUUGCAAUAUCCAAUAUUUUCU